AUGAAAACUUUUAGGCUUUCGAGAUUUGUUGUUGGCAACCAUAUGAAGUUACAUCCCAAUAGCCAAAUAAAUGAGGAUGAAAAGAAUGAGGAGGUUACUGUGGACGCUCGAACGGGGGUGGCAUUAGUGCCCCAGGAUCUUCUUCGCAAGUACAUCAUCUUUGCUAGAGAGAACUGUCAUCCCUCGCUUCAACAAAAGCACUCUGAAAAACUGGCAACAGUUUUUGCGCAAAUGAGGAAGCAAAGCAUGGCUACUGGUUCCGUAGCAAUUACGGUACGUCACGUUGAGUCGAUGAUCCGAUUGUCUGAGGCGCAUGCUAAGCUUCACUUGAGAGCGUUUGUGAACGACGAUGAUGUGCAGGCUGCGACGCGAAUUAUGCUUGAGAGCUUCAUAAACACUCAGAAGGCUUCCAUAAUGCGUCAAAUGAGAAAGACGUUCUCAAAACAUCUCGCAGCGAAUCGCUCAUCAAACGAGUUGCUCCUGUUCAUACUGAAACAGCUUGUAAAGGAGCAGAUGCAUUACGAAAUCGCUCGAGGUAAAGGGAGCAGCGCACAACAACUGAAGAUCGAAAAUGUCAAGAACUUUUACUCGUCUGAUUUGUUUGCCGCUCACCACUUUACCUACGAUGAUAGACUUAAGCAAAUAACCCAAGCUAUUUUCUGA